CCGUCCUUGACCACGCAGUCCGAGCGCAUGACACAGUCCCUCAUAGCCGCCAAAAGCCCUUUACAUGACGACGACAUGAAAGUUCGCGGUCAGAGUUGCUCACAAAUCAUCGAGCUUGAACGCUCUCCGAGUGGCCCUCGACAUGCCUCCUUCCUUACGCCCGCUAAUCUCAAAAAUACCAACAAUUGCACGUGUGCCGAACAGAUCCGUGCUCUCUGUUGCCGGCUCUCAAGCCGCGGAAUACCUGAACGGGGUCGUGUCAACACUAGUCAAGCCGCCUCCGCUUCCACUCUACUGCGCGUUCCUCCAUCCACAAGGACGUAUCACACACGAUGUCUUCAUAUACACUCACACCGGUGCGGACGGAAAACAGGGCUACCUCAUCGAUUUCGACAAUCGUGAAUCCGAGGCCCCACCUCUGCUGCCGACACUGAGGCGGCAUGUCCUGCGCUCGCGGGUCAAACUUAGAGAUGUGUCUGAAGAGUAUGAUGUAUGGGGCGCAUGGGGCUCUGAGACUGAUUCCGUUCACGCCGAGAGGCAGUGGAGGUGGUCUGAGCAAAGCGGAGUGGCUGAACCGCAAUGGAGUACUUCGGAGGCGUGGCCCUGGGGCACCAAGGACGGAGAAGUGACAGACGCACGGGCGCCUGGGAUGGGAAGGAGGUUAUUGGUUAGAAAGGGAGAUACCCCCGCGGAACAAUCCUCUCAUGAGCUCGGAUCUUCCGACGCUUAUACCUUGCAUCGCAUUCUACAUGGUGUUCCGGAAGGCGUUGACGACAUGCCUCCGAUGCAGUCGUUUCCCAUGGACUCGAACCUGGAUUUCAUGGGUGGAGUGGACUUCCGGAAGGGAUGCUACGUUGGCCAAGAAUUGACCGUCCGAACAUACCACAAGGGCGUUAUACGAAAGCGCAUCAUGCCAGUGUCUAUUCACCCCGCCAAUGACCCCCCCCACGACCUCGUAGUCCCUAAUCCCAGUGCGCCUUCGCUUUCCCCGGGUCUGGAGAUACGGGCUGCAGUAACUCAAACCGACGAUUCCGAACGCAAACCGCGCGCGCGCGGCCACAGCAGGCUCCUCAGUUCCACACAUGGAGUCGGGUUGGCGCUCAUGCGGCUGGAGCAGGUCGAGAAGGCAGAAAAUGGUGAUUUGGGAUUCCAGAUCGAAACCGAGAUUGACGGAAAGAAUGAGAUCUUGGGAGUGAGUCCCUGGAGGCCCGAGUGGUGGCCGACGCCGCCGUAGUGUUAUGGCGUAGAGCAUUACUGUGCCCUCUCGACUAGAACCGAAGCAAAAACAUACUCUCCGUCGUGGCUGAUUGACACGUGGAUCCUGCCAACCACAGAGGUAUCCUGAGAACCUUCAGGGCGGAAAAGUAGUCGUGGUUUGUGCCCGUUCUUCAUACUGGUGUAGGUAAAGUCUUUCCACGAAGCACGAAAGUGGGGAUAGAGUGCCUUAUAUGCAGCUUCCUUCACGGCCCAUCUGUGUGCGGUAAGCUAGUUGUUCGAAUUGCCAGGCCGGGGCCGUACCGAACGGCAAUGAAAGUGGGAUCUGCAUCUUUGUAUUCAGCGAACUCGUCGCGGCUCAGGAUACGAGACGGCAGCCGCUUUGGAUACGUCUUCAAGAGGGAUGUGAUCCGAGGAACGUGAAGCACAUCUACGCCAAUUCCCAAUAUGCCCAUGAUCGUGGUUGAGUUUUGGCAACGAGUGGAAGCGCGCAGUCACUGUCAGUCAGACUGACGCGCCGUGUGACAGACGCGACUUUUCCUGGGCCCAUGACCAUCAAAUUCUCAGCCGCUUACAUCUCGGCAUCGACCAACCGCUUCCCACUCGCGGCCGCGCAUCUCCCCAGCAGAUCACUCGUUGCUUUCGGAUCGGGCGCGCUCGUCGCGCUGUGGGAUGUUGCGCAGGAUCGGGGUGUCGCGCGCACUCUGGCUGGGCACGAAGGAGCGGUCACCUGUGUCUGCUUUCUCGAAAACGACGAGAUCCUCGUUUCUGCCGAUGAUAAGGGCCGAGUGAGACUAUGGAGAGAGGUUGAUUCGGAGUGGACAUCGAUCGUGCAAGUGGAUGCUCACAAGCACGCAAUAUCGACGCUCUGUCUUAGAGAGAGAACUCUCGUAACGGGUUCGUCAGAUGGAAGUGUGAAGAUCUGGGAGUUGAGCGCCGCAGAUGAGGUGACGCCAGUCCAGACCGUCGAUAUGGGCGGAAGAUAUCCGCUUGCCGUCGCACUGGGCUCUUUGCCGCAAUCUCAAGCGGAGAUCUUGGCGGUAGGUUGCACUGACCGAAACAUCCACAUCUUUACUAGAUCCGGCGACUCGUUCGUGCGAUCGACUGUGUUGUCUGGCCACGAGGACUGGGUCAAGAGCUUAGCAUUCCGAGAGCGUUCCUCUCCGGAUGAGCCCCUCGUACUUGCGUCCGGAUCGCAGGAUGCUACAAUUCGGCUGUGGAACAUCGAACACUUGGGAACCCACGCCCUCGUCGAGGCAAAAGCACAAGCACCUGCUAUGAGCUCGAACGAUCUGCUUCUAGAUGCGUUCGAAGCCUCUCUCGGAGAUCUCCAAGAUGGAGAGGAAGGCGGCCGUCAAAUAUCGCUGAAGCGACACAUUCUCACUGUCCAGGCCGAGCGCUACUCUAUCACAUUCGACGCAUUAUUGAUCGGACACGAAGCCGGGGUAACGUCCCUGCGAUGGCAACCCACAUCCAAUCCAACGCUCCUCUCGACGUCGACCGACUCCUCUCUCAUCAUCUGGUCCCCGACCUCGGUUCGAUCAGGUCAGGACAGGAGUCGACAGCGAUAUGGAUGACCCAGCAGCGGUUUGGCGAUGUCGGGGGCCAGCGCCUGGGUGGGUUCGUUGGCGGACUGUGGGCCGACUCGGGAAACGAGGUCUUGGCCUGGGGCUGGUCUGGCGGAUGGAGGCGAUGGAAAACGACUGAAAAGGAUGUCUGGACGGAGCUUGUGGCGAUCACGGGACACGCAGGUCCCGUCAAAAGUGUGGCGUGGAGUCCCGAUGGCCGCUAUCUUGUGUCUACGGGGUCGGAUCAAACGACGAGAAUCCACGCCCAGUGUCUGGUACCACGGUCUGGCACGAGUUGGCCCGGCCGCAGGUCCAUGGGUAUGAUAUGCUGGGUGCUGUAUUCCUCGAUCCUUUGAAAUUUGCGAGUAUCGCCGACGAGAAAGUGGUUCGUGUGUUUGAAGCGCCCAGCGGGUUCGUCCAACUGGCACAAGAACUCGGCGUGGCGAAUUUCUCUGAGGAGCAGAGGAAUCGACCGUCAGCGGCCAGUGUGCCACCGCUGGGAUUGUCGAACAAAGCCACGAGCGAAGCUGCGUCCUCGGCGCCCAUCGCAAACCGAGUGCCCUUUGAAGGUGAACUGGCAGCGACAACACUCUGGCCCGAGAUCGAAAAAAUCUUCGGCCACGGCUACGAGUCGAUCUGCCUGGCGGCCUCGACGUCCCGCCAGAUCAUCGCCACAGCCUGCAAAGCCUCGACAGCAGAGCACGCGGCGAUCCGCCUGUACGACACAGCCACCUGGCAGCUCGUCGGGCAGCCACUGAGCGGCCACACGCUGAGUGUGACGCGCGUCGCAUUCAGCCCAGACGACAGCCUUGUGGUCAGCGUCUCGCGGGACCGCACCUGGCGCAUGUACGAGAAGCAGGCGGACGGAGGCUAUGCGCCCGUCGCCGCCGAGAAGCCACACGCCCGGAUCAUCUGGGACUGCGCCUGGGCUGCCGAGGGCGAUGUGUUUGCGACUGCAUCGCGAGACAAGACGGUCAAGAUCUGGCACCGACAUUCGGACAAGUGGUCAGCUGCGCAGGUCAUCCAGCUGCCAGACGCAGCCACGGCCGUUGACUUUGCACCGCUGGCUGCGGAUGGCAGCCGCGUUCUGGCCAUCGGACUCGAAUCUGGAGCAGUCAUGCUGUGCACCAACGGCAAGCUGGCGUCUGGAUGGAGUGUCCGGGAUUCAUUCCGAUGGCACAAUGGACCGGUGACACGGCUGAGCUGGCGGCCAGGCAAUCGUGAAU